GGGAGGAAAUUCGACUUCGUAAAGAACUUUUUCUGUUUUCCAAUGCCGGACUCGAUUCCGAGCCCGCGCCUCUUGGGGUUGACAGCCCGAGUGACCACCUAGGUGUGAAUUUAAAACUUCAGUAAUGGAGUUAGCCCACAGUUUAUUGCUAAACGAAGAAGCUUUGGCUCAAAUCACUGAAGCAAAGAGGCCAGUUUUUAUCUUCGAAUGGUUGCGAUUUCUUGAUAAAGUCUUGAUUGCUGCCAACAAGACUGAUGUUAAGGAAAAACAGAAAAAACUUGUUGAACAAUUAACUGGAUUAAUAAGUAGUUCACCUGGACCACCUACGCGAAAAUUGUUAGCUAAAAAUCUUGCGGCCCUCUAUAGCAUUGGGGAUACGUUCACUGUUUUUCAAACACUUGAAAAAUGCAAUGACAUUAUCAGAAGUAAAGACGACACUGCAGCCUAUUUACCAACAAAAUUGGCUGCAGUGACUUGUAUUGGAGCAUUUUAUGAAAAAAUGGGGAGAAUGCUAGGCAGUGCAUUUCCAGAAACAGUAAAUAAUCUUUUGAAAUCUCUGAAAAGUGCAGAGUCUCAAGGGCGAAGUGAAAUCUUAAUGAGCCUACAGAAAGUUCUAAACGGACUGGGUGGUGCAGCCGCUUCUUCUCAUCGUGAUAUUUACAAGAAUGCCAGGUCCCUCUUGACUGACAGGUCGAUGGCAGUUCGCUGUGCAGUGGCCAAGUGUCUACUCGAACUGCAGAAUGAAGCUGUGUUCAUGUGGACUGCUGAACUGGAAAACAUAGCCACUCUCUGCUUUAAGGCUUUGGAAAACUCAAACUAUGGAGUACGAGUGGCAGUGUCUAAACUCUUAGGGACAGUCAUGGCUACGGCAUUGAUGCCAAAACAAGCAACAGUAAUGCGCCAGAAUGUGAAGCGAGCAACUUUUGAUGAAGUCUUAGAACUCAUGGCCACAGGAUUUCUGCGUGGAGGGUCAGGUUUCCUAAAGAGUGGAGGAGAAAUGUUGAAGGUUGGAGGGUCUGUGAAUCGUGAAGUGAGGGUUGGAGUCACACAGGCAUAUGUUGUUUUUGUCACAACCCUGGGUGGUCAGUGGCUGGAGCGUAGCUUCGCUACAUUCUUGUCCCACGUACUGGAUCUGGUUUCCCACCCUCGGGCAACGCAAACACAUGUAGAGGCCGUGUACUCAAGACGGUGUGUUUCCUUUAUUCUGAGAGCUACUGUGGGCAGUUUGCUAGGUGAAAAAGCCCAGAUUGCAGCUGCCAAAGAAAUUUGUCAAGCUAUUGGAAAACAAAUGAAAGCAGUAGAAGCGGUAGUGAACGAUACGAGUAGUGAAAACAAGUCGGGAGCUGCAGACAUCGCAGCCAGCCAGCACGUGAUGGUGUGCGCCCUGCAGGAGCUCGGGAGCCUGGUGCAGAGUCUCAGUGCCACUGCCUCCCCUCUUAUUCAGGAAGCUUCUAUAGGACUUUUGGAGACUGUGACUUCUGUGCUGCUUCAUCCAAGUAUAGCUGCUCGGCUUGCUGCUGCGUGGUGUUUGCGCUGUGUGGCUGUGGCACUGCCUUUCCAGUUGACACCAUUUCUGGACAGGUGUGCCGAACGGCUCAACAACUUGAAAACUUCACCAGAAGCUGUUAGUGGAUACAGUUUUGCAAUGGCCGCCUUGUUAGGUGGAGUUCAUCAGUGUCCACUGGGCAUUCCUCAUGCCAAGGGGAAGAUGGUAGUUAGUAUUGCUGAAGAUCUCUUAAGAACUGCUGCCCAAAAUAGCCGGCUGUCCUUACAGCGCACCCAAGCUGGAUGGCUUCUACUUGGAGCACUGAUGACUUUAGGACCAUCUGUCGUUCGUUACCAUCUACCGAAGAUGUUGCUACUGUGGCGAAAUGUUUUCCCUCGUUCUUUAAAGGAGUUGGAGGCUGAGAAGGCCCGAGGCGAUUCUUUUACCUGGCAGGUAACACUGGAAGGCCGAGCUGGCGCUUUAUGUGCAAUGAGGAGUUUUGUUGCACAUUGUCCUGAACUCCUAACGGAAGAUGUGAUUAGAAAAUUGAUGACCCCUAUUGAAUGUGCCAUGACUAUGAUGUCACACAUUCCAUCUGUAAUUAAAGCUCAUGGAGCUCAUCUGAAAGCCAGUGCUGCAAUGGUCCGUUUAAGACUUUAUGAUAUCUUGGCUUUAUUACCUCCAAAAACAUACGAAGUAUCUUUCAACGCACUUCUUAGAGCACUGGUGGCAGAGUUCACGCUGACUGACAACUCAGCCAAUACAACUACCUCACUCCUGAGAUCCCUCUGUCAUUAUGAUGACAGUGUUCUUCUUGGUUCCUGGCUUCAAGAAACGGAUCAUAAGUCAAUUGAAGACCAGCUCCAGCCAAACAGUGCGUCUGGCAGUGGGGCUCUGGAGCACGACCCCUCCUCCAUUUAUCUGCGCAUACCUGCUGGAGAAGCGGUGCCUGGUCCCCUCCCUCUGGGGGUCUCGGUCAUUGAUGCUUCGGUGGCUCUUUUUGGUGUAGUGUUUCCUCAUGUUUCUUAUAAACACCGACUGCAGAUGUUGGAUCACUUUGCUGAGUGUGUCAAACAAGCUAAAGGUGUCCGUCAGCAGGCUGUGCAGCUAAAUAUUUUUACUGCUGUUCUUAGUGCACUUAAGGGCCUGGCUGAAAACAAAAGUACUUUAGGACCUGAGGAAGUACGUAAAUCUGCUCUGACGCUGGUUAUGGGCGCUCUUGACAACCCAAACCCCAUCUUACGGUGUGCUGCAGGAGAAGCUCUUGGAAGGAUGGCUCAGGUGGUUGGAGAGGCAACUUUUAUUGCUAGAAUGGCCCAGUACAGCUUUGACAAGUUGAAAUCGGCUCGAGAUGUUGUAUCCAGGACUGGGCAUUCAUUGGCUCUGGGCUGUUUGCAUCGUUAUGUUGGGGGUAUUGGCUCAGGACAACAUCUGAAAACCAGCGUCAGCAUUUUAUUGGCUCUGGCACAAGAUGGAACAUCCUCUGAAGUCCAGACUUGGUCUCUUCAUUCUCUGGCUUUGAUAGUGGACUCCAGCGGCCCAAUGUAUCGUCGAUAUGUGGAACCGACAUUAUCUCUAGUCCUUACCUUGCUGCUGACAGUUCCACCCUCACAUACGGAAGUUCAUCAGUGUUUGGGUAGAUGCUUGGGUGCUAUAAUCACUACUGUUGGCCCUGAGCUACAGGGAAAUGGAGCAACGACUUCUACAAUUCGUUCUUCCUGUUUAGUGGGCUGUGCGAUCACCCAGGACCACUCAGACUCCCUCGUUCAGGCAGCCGCCAUAUCUUGCCUUCAGCAGCUGCACAUGUUCGCACCACGGCAUGUCAAUCUCUCUAGUCUUGUCCCCAGCCUCUGUGUUCACUUAUGUAGCUCCCAUUUGCUACUUCGGCGAGCGGCCGUGGCGUGUCUCCGGCAGCUCGCACAGAGGGAGGCUGCGGAAGUGUGCGAAUAUGCCAUGAGCUUAGCGAAACACACAGGGGACAAAGAGAGCAGCGGUGCCAAUGUCAGCCCUUUUGCACCUGGAGUUAGUUCUCAGAGUGAUAUCCAUUGCCGCCACCAAGGUGUUAACAUAACAGAAACGGGUCUCGAGGGACUUCUGUUUGGAAUGCUAGACCGGGAGACUGACCGAAAGUUAUGUUCUGAUAUUCAUGAUACUUUGGGACAUAUGCUUUCAUCACUGGCUGUAGAAAAACUUUCCCACUGGCUAAUGCUUUGUAAAGAUGUCCUGGCAGCAUCUAGUGAUAUGAGCACGGCAACUCCAUUAGGUAGUGGAAAGGAUGAAGAAUCUGAAAAGAAAGAUGAGAUGGAUGAUGACACCAUGUUUACCACACUAGGCGAAGAAGAUAAAUCAAAGCCGUUUGUGGCACCUCGGUGGGCCACCCGGGUAUUUGCGGCUGAUUGCCUGUGUCGAGUCAUCCAUUUGUGUGAGAAUGCAGACCAGGCUCACUUUGAUCUUGCCAUGGCACGUUCUGCUAAACUUCGAAACCCUACAAAUGACCUCUUGGUACUUCAUCUUUCUGACCUGAUUCGCAUGGCAUUCAUGGCUGCAACUGAUCACAGCAACCAGUUGCGGAUGGCUGGGCUCCAAGCUCUUGAAGACAUUAUCAAGAAGUUUGCAUCUGUGCCUGAGCCAGAAUUUCCAGGUCAUGUGAUUCUGGAGCAGUAUCAAGCUAAUGUGGGAGCUGCUCUAAGACCAGCCUUUUCACAAGAUACCCCGUCAGACAUCAUAGCUAAAGCCUGCCAGGUAUGUAGUACAUGGAUCGGAAGUGGAGUUGUCAGCGAUCUCAACGAUCUUCGCCGAGUACACAAUCUGCUUGUCUCUUCUCUGGACAAAGUGCAGGCUGGGAAAGGGUCGUCCAGCCAGCUGUAUCGAGAGAGCGCCGCAACCAUGGAAAAGCUGGCCGUUCUCAAAGCCUGGGCAGAGGUAUAUGUGGUUGCUAUGAAUAUUAAAAAGGAAGCAGAGUCUAAACCAAAGGGAGCAAUUAAAAAUACUGAUGAUGAUGAUGAUGAUUAUGGCACCAUAGAUGAGCUACCGCCAGAUAGUUUAAUAACACUUGUACAGCCUGAACUGCCAACACUCAGCCGCCUGUGGUUAGCAGCACUAAAAGACUAUGCACUUUUGACUUUACCAGCUGAAUUUGCGAGUCAGCUCCCCCCAGAUGGUGGCGCAUUUUAUACUCCUGAGACUAUCGAUACUGCUAGACUUCACUACCGGAACUCCUGGGCUCCCAUUCUCCAUGCAGUGGCACUUUGGUUAAACAGCACAGGAUUUACGUGUUCAGAGUCAGCAGAAGCAGCAGCUGUAUCUGGUUUACAAAAACGUUCUGCCGCUGUCAGUUUAAACCAAGCCUCAGGAUCAACACCUAGUGCUAAGUCUUUACCAGAAAUUAACCAAGACAGAAUGCACCUAAUUUUAGGUGUGAGUAUACAGUUCCUUUGUUCCCCCAGACCUGAGGAGCCCGUUGAGCAUGUCACAGCUUGUCUGCAGGCCUUACAUACCUUAUUCGACUCUCCUUAUGCCCGGAUCCAUAUUGCAGAAGAUCAGCUGAUUGGUGUUGAGUUGCUGAGUGUUUUGCACCGCCUCUUACUGACCUGGAAUCCACCAUCCGUCCAGCUGCUGGUUACUGGAGUCGUACAGCAGAUAGUACGAGCUGCUCAGGAUUAUUUGCAAGAAAAAAGAAACACUCUAAAUGAAGAUGACAUGGAAAAAGAGUCCUGUCCCGUGUUAGGAGAAGGAGGUGACAGCGGUGGUCUUAUUCCCGGAAAAUCUCUUGUGUUUGCGACGAUGGAGCUGUUGAUGUUCAUCUUAGUGCGGCACAUGCCACACCUCAGUACCAAGAUGUCAGACUCCCCAAGUCACAUAGCUGCUAAAACCCGGCUUUCAGAAGAAAGUGCUCGUCUAGUGGCAGCCACAGUCACCAUACUCUCCGACUUACCGUCCCUGUGUUCGCCUGCUGGAUGUAUGACUAUUCUGCCCACCAUUCUGUUUUUAAUUGCAAGGAUAUUGAAAGACACGGCAGUAAAGUCUGCAGAUAAUCAGGUUCCUCUGCCAGUUAGUGCAGCUCUUCAAGGGAUUAAAAAUAUUGUGACACUGUCAUUGGCCAGAACGGAGGACACUCAAAAACAGUGGACAGCUCUCAUUCGUAGCACCCUUGCAUGCAUCCUGGAAUAUUCUCAACCAGAAGAUUCUGUGCCUUUGCCUGAUGAAGUAAGCAUGCUGACGGCGAUCGCACUCUUCCUGUGGUCUGCUAGCAGUGAAAUAAUAGGAGUCCAGUCAUUACAGAAUGGCUGCAUGAGCAGAUUUAAAACCGCAUUAAAUUCGUGUGACCCAUGGGUUCAAGCCAAAUGUUACCAGCUUCUCCUCUCAGUCUUCCAACAUUCCAACCGUGCCCUUUCAACUCCCUAUAUCCAUUCAUUAGCUCCAAUAGUGGUUGAAAAGCUAAAGGCUGUUGAACGAAAUAGACCAGCCAGUAACACAGAGCUUUUAGCUGUUCAAGAAGGAAUCAAAGUUCUUGAAACAUUGGUUGCUCUUGGGGAAGAACAGAACAGAGUCCAGUUACUUGCUCUUCUAGUUCCCACUUUGAUCUCUUACCUGCUGGAUGAAAAUUCUUUUGCCUCAGCAAACACAGCCUCCAAAGAUCUUCAUGAAUUUGCACUCCAGAAUUUAAUGCAUAUUGGACCUCUGUAUCCACACGCUUUCAAGACAGUAAUGGGAGCCGCUCCUGAGCUGAAAAUACGUCUGGAAACUGCUGUUCGAGCAAGCCAAGCCAGCAAAGCUAAAGCUGCUACCAGGCAGCCAGCCCCUGCUAUGCCUUCUGCACCAACGAUUAAGCUAAAGACAAGUUUUUUUUAACUUGCUGUUCCAUUCAUUUUUAUUUAUAUUGUCAACUAGAAGCUAAUGAGUGAUAGCCACUGAAUCAUUCCAGACUGUAGGUUUUACUUUAUUUGUAUAUUGGUAUUAUAUGCUUCCAGGUAGGUUGGGUGAAAUAAUGCUCACGCUGCUUUCUUGUUUUGGAGUGAUUUAUUUUAUAUAAUGUGGUAAAUGUGCUUUCAUUUUUCUCUUGAUACUUUUUCUGUUUUAUUAAUUAAUUUAUUUUUUAAACACUGAGCCAGACUUUUAAAUUUAAAUGCGAAAAAUAAUUGUAUCAUGUAGUUGGGCUGCUUAUUGAUAUUGUCAGAAAAAAUAGGUAGGAUUCAGCACCUGUCAUGAAAACUUUACUUGAAAAACUUUACUUGAGUUUAAAUUUUGAAGUUAGCAAAAUAAUGUAAAAUGCCUGUUUUGUUGUGUAUAUAAUAUGAAUAGUCACAUUUCCUUAAAAUGUGGCUAUUUCUUAAAAGCAUUUCUCAAAAUGCCCUUACCUUUCUAAUAGGUCUUUUUAAUUUCGUAUUAGAUUACUAAAUUAUGCUUGUGUGUUUUUUGUUGUUAACCAAAUUAAAACUUUCAUUUAAGAUCCAUUAAAAUAUUUCAGAGGUGGAGUAAUAGUCUGCUUUUUUUAAUGGCUUGGCCUCAGUUAUGUUUUAUAAUUACAGAGCCUUGAGUUCUGGCUGUGAUGGUCAGUUUCGUUCAUCAGAUAUUUAUUGAGUGCCUAUUGUGGACAAGGCAUCAAGCUAAGUGCUUCAGGACAAACAGAAAUGAAUUAGUAGUAAUAAUAGUUAUGCCAAUGUCCAGUGCAAUGGCAAUUUACAAUAUCAAAUAGGUAAUUGGUGAAAUAACGCUUGCCACCAUGUUUAGCAAAUUUUAAACAGCAAGUUUUACCAGUGUUAUAUUGACUGUAUUCAAAAGCAAGUCAUCUUUCUGAACAUUUAUACCUGUUUGUCAUCUAACUCCUCUGUAAUCUCUCAUACCCCCACCAAUUGGCAGCUCAAAAAUCCUUGCCUUUCUUCCUCAUUCGGUAAUUUAGGCCUCAGAUAGGUACUUUCUCUCACCUAUUCCUCAUUGACUUUUAUCUCUGCAGGGUUGUUUUUCAUUUCAGACUUGCUUUUCUGAAGUUAUUCUCCUUGUUUUUUGGAGAGGUUUUUUUUUUGUAAUAGUUUUAUUGAGUUAUAAUUCUCAUACUAUAUAAUUCAUCCAUUGAAAAAUGUACAAAUCAGUAGUGUUUAGUAUAUACACAAAGUAAUACAACCAUUGGUAAAAACAAUUUGGAACAUUUUCAUUAUCUCAUAAAGAAAUGCUGUACCCCCCACAACGUUUCUAUCUCUCUUUUUUUAAAUAUAUUUUAUUGAUUAUGCUAUUACAGUUAUCCCAUUCCCCCCCACCUUUGUUCCCCUCUGCCCUGUACCCCCUCUCACCCAUAUUACCCACCCUUAGUUCAUGUCCAUGGGUCAUACACAUAAGUUCUUUGGCCUCUCCAUUUCCUAAGGUAGUCUGAACCUGCCCCUAUUUUGUACCUACCAUUUAACUUCCCAUUUCUCUUUAAUCUUAGAUUACUUUCUCUUUUUAUUCUCCUAUUUAUGAAUACUUCAUAUAAAUGAAAUCAUGUAAUAUGUGGUUUUUUGUGACUGGCUUCUUGACUUCACAUGUUGUUGAUCCAUGUGGUAGCAUAUACAUCUGUUCUCUAGCCCUUUUUAUGGCUGGAUAAUAUUCCAUUGUGUGAAUGCCACAUUUUAUUUAUCCAUUCAACAUUUGGGUUGUUUUCCCCUUUUGCCUGUCAUGAAUAAUGCUUCUGUGAACAAAUGUUUACAAGUUUGGGGGUAGACAUAUGUUUUCAUUUCCCUUGGGUAUAUAGCUGGGAGUGGACUUCCCUCCUCACUGGUAACUGUUCAAGUCAUUAAGGGCCUGCCAGACUGUUUUCCCAUUCCUUGUUUCUUGUAGACAUAAAACCCUUUCACUCACCUCCUUAAAAAGUAUGCUUAUUUUUGACUUGGCUACUUUCUGCUGUUCUUGGUACCCCCCAGAGUUUUUCUGUAAUUUUCCACUUUGCAGUAGAGUCUUUGUUUCCCGGUUCGUAGUAGACUCCAUCGUGCAUUAGCAACGGUUGUGCCAUUUUUCUUCUCCCUGUCUCCCUUAGGCUUUCUCUUUCUCUCUUCACCCCUCCCAAUACAUCUUUAUACUUUCUCCAGACUCUUCCACACCACCUAGUUCUUGUUUUCUAACAUUAUAUCUAUAAAAUAUUUGUUGGAAGAAUAGCAUUUUUCAAUUUGUUCCAUUGCCCAACCCAUGAGAUUUUCUCAACCCAAGUAAGCAUAUUUAUGUAAAAAUAUCCAAAAUCAAGAAGCUAAGAGGAACAUCAUGAUAGCCAGUGGAUUCUUUCAGAAGCUUACAAUGAGCAGUCUUACUGUUAUAAGAAAUAAAGUAUCCUCUAUUUGCUUUCCAAAUUCUUGUUAAUAAUAUCACACUGCAACUCCCAAAUCAAGUGUCCCAGUACUAAGUAGGUUCUGCCAUCAGGGAAAGAACUUUGGACAACGAAAACCUGUGGGGGCUUCGGUGUCCCCAUCUACCAGAUGAGAGGAACAUUUACUAACUAUUCUCUCCAUGAUCUUUUGCACAUCUAAAACAGUACAUAUGUCUAUUUACCCUGCCCCCAUUUUUAAAUCAAGAGAAUGACUCCUUG